GCCAGUGAAAAAAGAUUGGAAUUUUACUGUUCAUUCCAAGAUGCCUCUCCUACAUGUGGCUUUGCUGAAGAUAGAUCCAGGAGCAACCUUCUCAUUAACAGCUCAGGGUUUGCCAGAUUCCUGCGAUUAUGCCCCUGGCAGCCAUUUUCAAAUUAAGGCCUCCCGGACACAUUGCUACAAAAUCAGAGUGUGCGGGGAAUGCUCUGUAUUUGGAGUCUUUGAGAAAUGGUUGACUUUAGACUUCGGAAUCCGCCCAGUCUUGCUGCAGAGGAUCUUUGUGAAGGUAGGAGUUCAGGAAGAAAUCUUCAAUCAUUGCGAAGGAACCCCACACCAAGAUGGCAGCCCGCUAAUGUCUUCUGAACGCUGGAACCCAGGCAAGCAGUUGUGUUUUCCAUGCAAGGAGAGAACACAGGAGGAAGAAAAACUAUUUGAUACGUACAAACCACCCUCCAUGAAUCCGAGUUACGGCGGGAGAACCACAGAGAGGCAGACGCUUACAGAGAGGAAUUAUCAGGAGGUGAUGCACAUAAGGCUACUUCAAGAGGAGGCUGCUAGAGAAGAGGUGAUAGCCAGGUUAAACCUGAAGAUUGAUGUGACCUUGACCAAGACGGUAAGCUUGUUAAAUGAGAUGAGGUUCGCUCCUAAUGGGGAGCUUUUUGCAAAGGUACCUUUUCCAAAGGGCCUGACGAAAGACACAGAGGAAGGAUACUUAUUACAGAGGUCCGUGCGCACUGCCCUGGUGGCUUCCAGCCCACAGCAGAGCGACAAAGUCUACGAAGUCCAUGUGGAGACCAACAGCGACUUAGAUAGCAGUGUUUUGCUCCGCUUCCCAGAACGCUGCUGCCGUGAGCUGUCCCUUCAACCAGAAGCCACCGCCAAACUGGAGAUCCAAUUCCAACUUGACCGGCUGCAAUUCUGCAUGUACCACGAAGCCAUAGACCUACUGUUGGAUGCGGCAUUAUUGCUGCCCGAUCUAAGCAGUUGUUGCAUGCCGACCUCUCAAGAGCAGAUGUCCUGGGGCAACAACAAGCAAAAAAUGGCCAUCUCUUACAUCACCGGAACAGUGACAGGGAAACAACCUGCGGCCCCACUAGUCAUUUAUGGCCCGUUUGGGACCGGAAAAACUUCGACCAUAGCCAAAGCUGCACUGCAAGUGAUCAAACAGGCGGGAACCAGGGUGCUGAUCUGCACUCAUAACAACAGUGCUGCCGAUCUGUAUAUUGAAGACCAUUUUCAUCCUUAUGUGAUAACUGGUCACCCAGAAGCCACUCCGCUGCGAGUGAAGUACACCAAAAGCCCCGUCAACAGGACAGCACUCAUCACUUUACAGUAUUGCAUUCUCAGUGAUGACAAUUCUUGCUUUGUUAAGCCCACCAAGAGUCUUCUAGACAAGCACCGCAUUGUUGUGACCACUGCUGUCAUGGCCAGGGAGCUAGAUGUACCCAGAGGUUAUUUCACUCAUAUAUUACUGGAUGAGGCAGCGCAAAUGAUGGAGAGUGAAGCUCUCAUACCAUUAGCGUUAAUGAACCACAGGACACGAGUGGUGGUGGCUGGUGACCACAUGCAGGAGGCCCCAAAGUUCUUCCACCACACCAGUGUUGAAGAGCACACCCUACUUACCCGGCUCUUCACCUAUUACCAGAGUAAAGACUGCCCAGCAGCUAAGAACAGCCGCAUUGUCUUCCACCAGAACUACCGCUCAGUACCGGCCAUUAUCUCCUUUGUGUCUCGUUGCUUUUAUGUUAGACAUGACAAUGCCAUUGAGGCUUGUGCGGUUGAACCGAUGGAACCUCCUCAAGGAUGUCACGCCCUGGCCCUGUUCCAUGUGCAUGGUUAUUGUACUCCCGAAGGCAAUUCAUGGAAAAAUGUGUUGGAAGCUCAGCAGGUAGUGGAGACCGUCAACGAUGUUCUUCAGCUUUGGCCAGAGAAGUGGGGAACAGUGAAAGGGGGCAAGAUUUGCGUUGUGUCUCAUGGGGCUCAGGUAAAACUCAUACGUCAAGAGCUGCGCAAAGUACGACUGCGUGAUGUCAAUGUGACCAACUAUGACAACAUCCUUGGUCAAGAGUUCCUUGUCAUCAUUCUGAGUACCGUUCGAUCCAUUGACAGCCUCCCUACUCAUUCUCCCGCCUCUUCCACUUUCAGCCUGGACUUUUUCUGUGAUCCACGAGUUCUAAAUACCAUCCUAACACGUGCCCGUGCCCAGGUCAUUGUAGUUGGGGAUGUAGUGGCUUUAUGUUCUUUUGGGGCUUGUAGUCGUAUCUGGAAGAGCUACCUGCGGGAAUGUGUGGAGGCAGGCAGUGCUUCUCCACCAGACCUCAGCGUGGAGGGGAUAAAGCAGAUGGCUUCAGACCUGCAAGCUUGGAGGCAAGAGGAGGAGGAAGAAGAUGCUGAGGAAGACAGCGACUCUUGGACAAGUGAUGUGGAUAUCAAUGCAGAAGAUGCCAUUCUUCAAGAACUGUUAGACAGUAAAGAUGAGGCAUAUGUGACAGUGUCUGCUGAAGGAAUGUUGGAAAUGAGACCAACAGAGAGUUCCAGAAAUGAUGUAGACAAAUACAUAAGCUUUCCCACAGACACACUUGAAGGAUGCCUGAAGAUGCAGCCCAACAUAUACAAAAAGUGUCAAUUAGUGAAGGAAUCUUUCGAUCGUGGCUAUGCCGUAACCCUUGAUGACCACACACCCCGUCAUAUUUCUAUUAAUGGGCGACAGAACUGUGGUAUGGGAUUUAAUGGUGAUCUGGUUGUCGUUCAGUUGUUUCCAGAUGUCCGUCCAGAUGCAGGAAAAGUUGUUGGAGUCCUUGAACCAGGUGAAAAAAUGCGGCGUUUUGUUUGCCGUGUAGAGAAUUAUGACUGUAACAUCAUGGUCCCUGUUGACCGAACUGUCACUAAGAUUUUCUGUAAAAAUUUUAAAGAAAAGCCAAACUGUAUUCCAAUCCGUAAAUUUCAGAAUGGUCGCAUCACUACUGUAAAGUAUGAGAAGGUAACACAGGAGAUCAGAUGGAAUACUCUUUUUCUGGUACAGGUAGUCAAAUGGCGGGAAGGUUUCUACUACCCUUUGGGAAUUGUAACUCAAGUUUUUCCACCCAAUUUUAUCCUGGAAAAGGGACUAGAAAUACUAGACUUAGAAUAUGGGAUUGAACAUAGUGAUGUGUAUCCGAAAGAGGCAUCAGAAGAAGCCAAUAAACUGUCAGAAACGAUAGAGACAAAAGACAGAAAGGAUUGCAGGGGAUUGUUAACCUUCACCGUGGAUCCUCCCUAUGCCAAUGAUUUGGAUGAUGCCAUCUCCGUACAGGAGCAAGGUGAUUACUAUGAGAUUGGCAUUCACAUCACAGACCUUGCAGCGGUAAUUCCCCAAGGUGGUCACUUAGACAAAGAAGCUAAAAGGAGAGGUGUCACCUUCUAUUCUCCUACAUCUGACCCUGUCCACAUGUUGCCACACAAACUGUGCUCUGAACUUUGCAGUUUGAAGCCAAAAUGUAACCGGAUGGCAAUUUCCCUCUUUGUACUGGUGGAGAAAGUAAGUGAUCAAAUGGUGGAUGGUCACUUUUGCCGCUCUGUGAUCUGCUCUGACCAUCAGCUGUCAUACAAUGAAGCCAAUUUAAUUCUGGAAGCUGAACGUGAUAGGCCGCGGACAUUUGACACCAUAGAGGGUUGCCUUUGUAUUGCAGAACACUUCUCAAAUAUCCACCGGACCUUCCGCCUGGAGAAAGCGGCCAAUUACAAGCAGCCUGAUGAAGGCUGUUUGCCAGGAUCCCGGGAUGCGCAGAGGAUGAUUGAGGAGCUCAUGAUCAUGUACAACAGUUGGGUGGCCGAGUAUUUGACAAACAAAGAUGAAUGUAUGAAUCUGACACCAGUACGAUGCCAGAACGCUCUAAGCCUUCAGAAAAUUGAAGAGAUGAGGAAAAAAUUUGAACACCUUUUACCUUUAUCUGCCUAUUUGACACAUCAUCUACUGGUUGAACCUGAAUUACCAAGGCCAUCAUCAAGUCAAAAUGUUACCAUGUUAUCUUCAGUAUGGAAUCAACUGAAGGAUACUACUACCAGCCAUUCCACAAUUAGAGACCUUCUCUCCACAGAUGACUUGCAUCCAGAAUUGAGCAACGCUGUUCGGGAAUUUAGAAGUCAGCUUGGUCGCUCUUAUUUCACUCGUUCUGGCACUCCAAAUGCCAAUGGUCAUUACUCCCUUGAACUUUGUGACUACACAUGGGCCUCUUCACCUCUCCGCAGGUACAUAGACAUUGUGGUGCAAAGAUUGCUUCAAGCAAUCCUCAGAGAUCAGCCAGGCAUAGCCUUGAAAAUGAAUCACAAGGACAUGAAUUUGCUGUGCCUUGACUUUGACAGGAAGGCUAAACGCGAAUCAUCAUACGAGAAGAGAGCACAUGCGUUGAAGUUAGCUUUAUCAUUACACACCGUGGCACAGCAAAAGGUGGCGGUGUUAAUGCAACUUGACGCUAGGAAUCGAAGUUUUAAGGCAGCCUUUCCAUUAAAUGGAGACUCUCUUCCCAGCCCGAUGAUGCUGGAUUACAGUCAUCUUCAACCUGAGAAACAGCCAGUGCCUACUGCAAAUGGCUUACGUUUGACGUGGAGACGCCGUGUGUACUCCUACAAUUAUUACAAGAAUGAUCCUCUCAUAAAUCUACCAAGGACCGACAUAGUCUCUUUUGAUUCCCAUACCUGGCAUGAAGCAAUAAGAUUCAUAAAUCAAGGAGAACCGGAUAGAGCUAUAGUGUUAUUAAGCCGCAAUAAAGGAAACAAUUCUGACCCCAUGAGCUUUGUGACUCGCAGCAGCUGCGGGCAUUAUAUGGAAAUAACUCUUGAACUGAAGGCAGGGAAACCUCUUCCUAUCCAACUCUGCACCGUUAUUGAACGGGGUUUUCCGAGCGCAGGUCCCCAGCUUUGCACUCUGGCCCCAGGAAUCCAUCUCUGCUUGGAGCAUACAGCUCGACCCAUUGAAUGCUUCUCCAGCAAGGCCAAACGAGCGCCUCUUAAAACCUACGCCAAUGUAAAGGAUUAUCAGACGGUGUGGCUGCCACUGUGUGCCAUGGAAGCAGCGGAGUCUGCUGUGAGAGAGGGCACACCUAUACUGCUGAGAGAUGUGCCUGUCAAGUGGAAGCAAGAAGGAAAUUCUAAGGAAGCUGUGGGACUGAUAGGCUCUUUUACCUUGACCCCUAUACUCAUUAAAGAAUGUGAGCUGGAGAUUGAUUUUCAAAAUUGCUACCUGUGUGUGCGCUUGGAAGGACUGCCAGCCAAGUCACAAAAUCUUUCAGAUCUGGAGACCUACACGUGGGUGGCCCAUGGCCUAACAAAAUACAGCAGUUCCAUCUCUAAAAAGGAAGGUGGUCAUGUUGACUUUCAGUUACACCAGUGUAGCAUGAAGGAAGUUCCUGAGAAAGCCCUGAGAUCUACAGAUCCCUUUACUAUGGAGAUCAUACCUAAGCUGUUGCCGGACAUACGGAAGGAAAGGGCUGUCAAAGAAUUGAUUAAAGCAUCUGAACUCACAAAGAGCAUUGCUCUCGGAAAGAAGGUCCCCGAUGUUGGUACGAACAAAAAGUUUCAAAAGCAGAUGUCAUUCGCCAUCCCAGAGAAAACCCGUCCUCUCAAUCAGAGUCAGACAGAAGCUGUGCGCAAAGCCCUGACACAGCCCUUCACCCUCAUCCAAGGACCCCCUGGCACUGGUAAAACUGUGGUUGGUGUUCACCUGGCUUACUGGUUCCAUCACGCGAACCAAGAUACACAGCCUACUGCAGACAGUGAAGAGAUGAUGGGCCGGCGGAUGCUCAUGUACUGUGGUCCAUCCAACAAGUCAGUGGAUGUUGUAAGCGAAAUGCUGCUUCCUCUGCGUGAAAAGCUCCGUCCGCUACGUGUGUACAGUGAACAGAUGGAGCUGAGUGAGUUUCCCUAUCCUGGAAGCAAUCUCAGACUUACCGGAUACCUCCGAGAAGGGAGGCCGGAUAAUAUAUUGAGACCUAUUGCCCUGCAUCAUCUGAUCCGACAGCCCCCCAACUCUUACUGGAAGGAAAUUCAGGAGAUGGACCAGAAAAUCCAAAAUGGGGACGAGAUGACCCCCGAGCAAAUCGAUGAGUACAAGGGCUUGAUCUCUAAAGCUCGCAAAGAGGAGCUGGAACGCCACAACAUCAUCUUGUGUACCUGCGUGGCAUCUUCCAGUAAAAUGCUGACAGACCUGCCCAUCACGCAGGUGAUCAUUGAUGAGUGCGGAAUGUGCACUGAGCCAGAGUCUCUCGUGCCGCUAGUCAGCCACAAACAAGUACAGUCGGUUGUUCUGAUUGGGGACCAUCGUCAGCUUCGCCCAGUAGUUAUGAAUGACGUUUGUAAAAUUCUUAAAAUGGAUCGAUCACUGUUUGAGAGGUUUGAGGAAAGGGCGCUGUUUCUGAACACUCAGUAUCGUAUGCAUGUAGAUAUUUGCGAGUUUCCAUCUAAGGAAUUUUAUGAUGAACGCCUGCUUACCAGCCCCCAGAUUCAUCUACGCUGCAGCCUUUUUUAUUCACGAACCUUCUGCCCUAUAGUAUUUGGAGAGGUGGAAGGGCAGGAGCAAAGCCUGGUGGUCACCACUGAGGAAGGGAACAUAAACUCGAAGGCGAACCUUGAAGAGGCCAAAAAAGCAGUGCAUUUGGCUGCCUUACUUGUCUCUAAGUCUGUAGAACAAAGCGACAUUGCCAUACUAACCGCCUACAAUGCACAAGUGGCAGAGAUCACCAGGAGACUGCAGGAAAAAAGACUGAACAAUGUGACCGUCUCCACCGUAAUGAAGAGCCAAGGGAGCGAGUGGCGAUAUGUUAUCUUUUCCACCGUGCGCUGUGCUACCGGUCAAGACCUAGACAGUCGUCCCACCAUCAGCUGGCAGCGGAGAUAUCUUGGAUUUUUGGGCGACCCAAACCAGAUUAAUGUUGCACUUACCAGAGCCAAGGAGGGCCUCUGUAUACUAGGAAACUCUCAACUUUUACGGUGUUGUCCAAUGUGGAAAAGACUUCUCCAGCACUACAGCCAGAGGGGUGCCCUUGUCCCCGCUGAUAAUAUCACGGUUAUGCAAAACCGCCACCACUGAAAACAAAGAUCCACUUUUUCUCAGCUUCUCCAAAAAUCCAAAAUGAUGGUGCGGGUCACCUGUACAAUAAACAUGUUUCAGAGAAUGCAGUCUCCAAUGUUUGGGCAAUGAGUAAAAAAAAAA